CCCGCAUCUCCCACCCUCACGGCCAUAGCUGCAGCCGAUCGACCCAGCACCAUCCCUCUGCUUGCCGUUAGAGGUGCCACUACGUCUCCCCUCUAUCUCCUGCCCAUCGGCUGUCCGUUGACGUCGCCGGCCCACCGCUCCCCAGUCGCAGCCGUCCGCCACCUCCCUCAAAGUCCUCGGCUCUACAGCUCCCCGCUCAAGCAAUCGCCAAAGCAGUCGCUCAAGCAAUCGCCCAAGCAAUCGCCAUGGAGUCCUAUCCACUUGAAUAUGUGCUCCACCAUGUGCCGCUGAUGGGCGUGCUGGGGCUACAGCCCUCGGUCGUUGAAUCGCCCCCGCCAUCCAGCCCGCUCGUCGAAUCCCUGGCCUCCUUGAAAGAAAGUCUGCUCACGAUCUUGGUCGCCAAAAACAACCUCGGCAUUUGGGACACCACGACCGCCGUGAAGCUCUCUGGCUUCUUCCACGUCGUUUCGCUCGGAAAGGACCAUGUGUUUACUGCCCACAAGCUCCCGGGCCGUCCUCCAGCAACCCCGCUCAUUCACUCGCCGCUGUCGCCCCUGACGCCUGGAUCGCCAUUGCAUCCUGGCGGCAUGAUGUGCCCGCAAUGGGUCAGGAAGCAUCGGGAGAUCCUCCCAUCGGUUGUGCUUGGAUUCUACGACCUCGUUGAUUCGAGCCUCGCGGUCAACGACACUGUCAUGGCCGCCGAAAUCAUUGAUCGCAAGAAAACCCUUGGCGAGCGCGGAAUCAAGUAUGCCGUCAUACUCCUCUGUCGGGUCGGCACGCCAGAUGACGAGACACAGAUCGAGGACCGUCUCGCCUUCCUCAAGAAGAACUGCGGUCUCGAUCCCAAAUCUUCGGUCUUUGUGAUUCCCUUUGACGUAAACCGACGCUCGACUACAGUUGACCUGCUGGAGUUUGUCACUUCGAUGCAACGAACGCUCUUCGAAAGCGCACUGAACUACUACCGAGAACAUGUCAAGCGUGUCAAGAAAAAGAAGAGCAAGUUCGUGGCCACAUCGCCGACUCGCUCGCCUCAGCCCGCCCCCGGUGCCCGCACCAGCGACCCCUCAGGUCUCUCGGCCCAGGGCUGGGGCCUGCGCUACGACUACAAGCUCGCUGUAUUUACCGAGUUCCAGCAGAACAUGGAGGGCGCCAUCAAGCUCUACGAAACAUGCUACGACAACCUCCUCGAGCUCCUCCGAAAGAGCGCAGCCGGACCAACCCUGCUUGGUGCUGACAGCAUUCCGCCCGGAUCCCCUCGGUGGACAGAGGCUCGAGCGCUCUUGGAUACCAUCAAUCUGAAGAUCUGCAAGCUGCAUCUGUACACGGAGUUCCCUCUCUUGGCUUUGGAGGCCAUGAACAGGCACUUGCGAUGCUGCAAGAUCCUCCCCGAAUUCGCCUAUCUAGCAAAAUCAAACCUCCCUCCGCCCCCCGGCCUCUCGCAAGUCGCCGACAUUGUCGGCGGUGGCACGCACGAAUACUGGUCCUGGGUUUCAAAGCAAUACCGCAUCUUUGGCGAGCUUAUUGAACUCGCCACGAGCAAGUCGCGCCUGUCGCUGCCCUAUCCUCCGCCUGGAACUCUUGGCAACGGUGGAGCCGCAGCACUCCUCAACACCGUUGCCAACAACGGCAUGAAUGUCCUCACUGGUGGCGAGAUCCCGGCAACGUCCUUUAGUGCCUUCAGCAUGACCAAUCCGGCCAACUUUGUGCAGCAUGCUGGCUACUACUACUACAUGUCGGCCAAGGCGGCUGAAGAAGCAUGGCGCAAAUUCAAGGAGAUUGCCGAAGUCAUCGAGGAUCCCUCUGGACACGACGUGUUUUCUAAAUCGACAUUGGACCUGAUCGGCCAGGACUAUCUCAAUUCAUCCUUGGAGCAGGGCAAGGCUGUUGACCACGGCGCCUUGACCAUCGAGCUGUUCACCAAAUCCUAUGAGCAGUUCCGCAAACAAAAGAGCGGCCGGAUCACUCUCUUUCUGGCCGCAGAGAUUGCCCGUGUCUACGAGCGGAACAGCCAGUAUGAAAUGGCCCUCAAGUUCUACGAGCGGAUCGGCAAAACGUACCGCAAAGAAAAAUGGAACUUUAUUCUCAAAUCGAUUCUCGAAAGCACGGUCCGAUGUGCUUCAGAGCUUGCCCUCUGGGACAUCGUCCUCGAUGCCCUGGUAGAACUGAUGAGCGAAUCGGUCCUGCCGCACGAGAACGGACGGAUCGACGUUCUCAAUCAGCUCCUGACCGUCCUGAACUACGGCUCACUGAUUCCUGGCUCGCCCACCGGAGCACACCCCGAUGUUUCGAUCCGCAAGAUCGUUGAUAUGGAUCAAAUGAACGCCUUUAUCCAGUGCUCGGUUCAGUUCAAGAAGACCGAGGCCUACGCCGGCUGUCCCGUGCCGUUCCAGGUCACACUCACCUCGGCCGGGGCAACCAGCCCACCGAUCCCCCUGCGGUUCUCCAAAGUGCAGAUUCUGUUUUCGGUUCCCCGCUACGACUACUGCUUAUUUUGCAGUGACGAGGUUGCGUCGACCCUCACACACUCAACCAAGCCGCGGUUGAUUCUCCUGGAUUGCACCGACGCCAAACGAGAGGUUAUGAAGAACUUGGAAACCGGCAGCGAGCGCAAGUAUUGGACCAAAACCCUGGAUCUGGAAGUCGCCAUGGGCAGCACAGUGGUCGUCGAGGGCGUCGUGAAUGCCGCCGACAGCCAGGACAUCAAGAUCCGGGCGGUCGGCCUCGUUCUAGAGUCUCCUCUAGGGCACAUUUCGCUCAACUACCGCAUCGCCGACCGAGGCGAGGGAGCCAUGUUCCGCCGCAAAUGGAUGACUGUGGACAAGGAUGGUGCCCCGAAAAUCGAUUAUUUGCCAGACGGAUACGGCGAGCAGUCGUUGCUGAGGGUGUCGCGCCGACAGCCCAACAUCCGCAUUCAGGUCAUCCACGAUGAGCACGGAUACCUCGACGAGCUCUAUCCGGUUGAUAUCGAGAUUACCAACGAAGAAGAUAGCGAAAUCCACGUCCUCAUGGACGCAGAGUUCCGCAGCUCCAUGUCAUCAGAUGAUGCCUACUCCCAGAUCUUCGAGAGCCAUCCUGGAAAUGCGGCUGCAGCAGGGUCCAACCAGCUGUCCGGUCUCAGCCUCGGUGCCAUUGCCGCGCACUCCAAGUUAUCUCGCAGGCUCUGGUUGCGCUGCGACAAGUUUGUUGGCGAGCGGCUCUUGAUUCUCUCGGUGCAGUACGGACAGGAACAUUUUGCUGGAAGCUCUCUCACAACCGAACCGGUCGACCCCGCCUCCGUCCCCACAACCGAAGUCAUCCGGAUGCAAGAAACCGCGCGCAUCGCCUUUACAUCUCCAUUCGAUGUCAAGUUUGAUAUCAUUGCGCAAAAGACUCGCAGGCUCGCCCUUCGAGAAGGAGAAGAGCGCGUGGGUCUCUUGGGCUUCGCAUCAGGCGCCUCCGGCGCCGCGCUCGAGAAAAUGGAUCAAUUCUCGGUCCUGGCCAACAUUAAGACGGCCAGCUCCAACGACAUGGAAAUCGAGUCUGUUGUACUGAAAGCCAUCGAGACCACCUCCUCCCCCCAAAUCGAUAUUCUGGAUGUCCCUGUUCACUGCCAUACCCUGCAAGUGUGGAAGCCCGGAAGCUUGGCCAAUUAUGUCUAUCACGUCCGUGUGACCUCUGAUAUCCUGUCGGGCAGCAAGCCUCUGUCGUUCGGACGAGUUGAAAUCAACUGGAAACGACGAUUCCGAAACAAGACUUUCGAACAAUCCGGCUCCCAGUGGGCAACCACGACCGUCAAGCUCCCGCCGACCGAGCCACCCAAGCCUGUCGUUCAAGUAUUCACCGAUCUUCCGCCACAAAUCGAGGUUGGACGGCUGUUCACUGUGCAGCAUGUGAUCGAGAACCCUAGCCUCCAGGUUGUCGAGCUCCAUGCCACGAUCGAAGCGGCCGAGGGCUUUGUGUUUUCGGGAUACAAGCAAACGGGCAUUCGCAUCCUCCCGCUGUCGUCGGCGCGGCUGCAGUACAACUGCAUCGCGCUGCUGUCUGGGCAACUCACGCCACCCAAGAUCAAGAUCAUCAAGAAGGAACUCGCCCCGGCAGCCGGCCCGGGCAAUCCCGUCGGGCCGUCCCCGGCAGCCUCGGCGGCGACGAUCCCCAAGACGAGCGAUAUCGAGAUCGCCCCGCCCCGCGACAUCACGAUCUUUGUCAAGCCCAACUUGGACUGGUGAACCAAGCGCAUUCUGAGGAUCAUGGGUGCGUGUUUCAAGAUUCAGAAAAAAUGAGCCGAUUGGCCUGGUCCAUUUUUUGUGAACGCAAAUAUAUAUACAGUGCG